AGCACGUCAUGUUUGCAACUUUUAUUUGGGUCCCGCUUUGCACAUUAGCUCAAGUUAGCUACGUGUUCCGUAAAUGUUUUUAUUUUAUGUUAAAUAAUAACAUAUCUUUUCAAUUGUAACAGUACUUUUUUUUCAUUUACGGAAAGCCUUGCUACAGCCAUUACCGGUGAUGUCGAGACGUAUUUCUUUUCACUCGCAGCUCUCGUCCAUCAUGGAGACAAUGGCCAAGUCCGCACUGUCUCAGAUCUGCAAACUGGUGGAUGAAGACUCAGCGGAGCUCCAGAUGGAGCUGUCCCGGCUCCUGUUUGCAAACUCCGCUCUGGCAGAAAAAAUAAACAGUCUCGAGUGCGAACUAACGAUCGUAAGAACCGACGCCCCCAAGUUGAGUAAAUGUCGCAGCAUAGGUGUACAAACUGUCUGCCACAGAGGCGAGGACGCCCAUGAUGUAACUGGCCCUCCCACCAUAGACGGCAUCUUCGGGAAAGACUGGUGUAUGAAUCUAUGGAAAGACAGAGAUCCUUACAAUCUGCAGAAAUUCACAGACUCUGCUCAGUUCCCAGAGAAGUCUGAAACAACGACUGACACUGUACCAAAUAUAAAAGAUGAGGGAUUUGUGCAGGAAGUGGCCACAAGAUGCCAGCAAGAAACACUCAGCACUGAAGCAGAAAAUGAGGAAAGCACGGCUGAGGAACCGCAGCAACUGUCAAUGGGUUAUUCAGAUGAUGGCGGCCUUUGCAGCUUGUCAUUUGAUCAGAGUGGAGAGCAGGUUGUCUCUGCAGAGUGCACUGAAGAAACAACUGCACAGCUGAUAUCCAACGAUACAGAAGAGGACUUCAGCAGUCAUAUCAUUCCAAUUGAAGAUGAUGAUGAUGACGAUGAUGAUGAUAUCCAGUUUGUUCAAGCAAGCCAGCAGGAACCAGCAAUAAAUGCUGGAGUUGGGUCCAGUCACGACAAGCAGGAGACAUUACCAGUAGACAAGCCUGGAAACUCUAAUACUCUGGAUAAAGAUUUACAUAAUGACUUUAAUAUGCUUAAAGUAAAAACCAGCAGAGCUCUGAAAACAGGCAAAUUCACUUGUCAAAUAUGUAACAGGACAUUCUUUCACAAGGGCACUCUGACACACCACAUGAAAUCACACAAGUCAAACUUCUGCAACAUUUGUAAGCAGCAUUUUCCUCACAGGUACAAGUUCAAUUCACACACCUGCGUGCCUCCAGUUCCCACUCGGAGAGUCAGCAAUUCGUGCGAGUUAUGUGGGAAGACCUUUGCUAACCCAUCAGCUCUGAGAAUUCACUAUGUCGUCCACACAGGAGAAAAACCCUACAGGUGCAGCAUGUGUGGAAAAGGGUUUACCCAAAAAGGCAAUCUGAAAUGUCAUCUGCGCAUCCAUACUGGUGAGAGACCUUUUCACUGUGUUAAAUGUGGGAAGAACUUUACGCAAAAGGUGAACCUCAACCAUCAUUUAAUGGCACAUUUAAACCAUGAGGUUGUGGAAGAAAGGCCAAUAAGUCGGAAACAGCAAAAAAACAUGGAAGCAAAAACUGUUAGUGACUUGUAGUGCUGAAUUGGUAGCUUUAUUUAUAACAAUUCAUCUUCUCACUUUAGUGUAAAGGUAGUAAAGGCUGUUAACGUUUUAGUCUGUAUUGUGCUUAAAAUGUCUGCAGUGGAACAAAAGUUUUUUUUUCAGUUUUUUCUUAGUACUCGUGUUUUUAAGUGUCCUGUCUUUACAAUAAAGUAAUGAGUGUU